UGCCCCGGCGGCGGCGCUGGAGAUUCCAAGAGCGACGCGGGCGCGGGGUGUGAGGAGGGGGUGGGCGGCCCGCCUCACCAUGAUUCAGUUGUGGAAAGUGGUGCGGCACGUGCGACAGCUGGAGCUCCACAGGUUGAUCCUGCUGCUCAUCGCCUUCAGCCUGAUCUCCAUGUGCAUCCUGGCUUACUACGUCACCAACAGUCCCAAAAUCAAGGAGCCGCCACCCCUGCCCUUCAGUGACUGCAGCAACCAGCACCGCAUCCUGAUCCCACCGCAGACCAGCUGGAGGCUCACGAAAUCUGUGGACACCUCGCGCACGGACCCCGUGGUGCUUGUCUUCGUGGAAAGCAUUUACUCCCAGCUGGGGCAGGAGAUAGUGGCCAUCCUGGAAUCCAGCCGGUUUAAAUACAGGACAGAGAUUGCCCCUGGCAAAGGUGACAUGCCCACCCUGACGGACAAAGAUCGGGGACGCUACGCCCUCAUUAUCUACGAGAACAUCCUUAAAUAUGUGAACCUAGACGCUUGGAACCGAGAGCUGCUGGACAAAUACUGCGUAGAGUAUGGAGUGGGGAUUAUAGGCUUUUUCAAAGCCAACGAGAACAGCCUGCUCAGUGCACAGCUCAAGGGUUUCCCCCUGUUCCUACAUUCCAACUUGGGGCUGCGGGACUAUCACAUCAACCCCAGCGCUCCCCUGCUCUAUGUCACCCGGGCUAACGAGGUGGAGCAGGGUCCCCUGCCUGGUGACGACUGGACCGUGUUCCAGUCAAACCACAGCACCUACGAGCCGGUGCUGUUGGCCAGCACCAAGUCCUCGGAGUCCAUUCCUCACCUGGCCGCCCACAAAGCGCUGCAUGCCACGGUGGUGCAGGACCUGGGUCUGCAUGACGGGAUCCAGCGGGUUCUCUUCGGCAAUAACCUCAAUUUUUGGCUGCACAAACUCGUUUUCGUGGAUGCCAUUGCCUACUUGACUGGCAAGCGCCUCUGCCUCACGCUCGAUCGCUAUGUCCUCGUCGACAUUGAUGAUAUAUUUGUGGGAAAAGAGGGCACUCGCAUGAAAGUGUCUGACGUAGAGGCUUUACUGAGCACCCAGAAUAAGCUGAGAACUUUAGUCCCGAAUUUCACCUUCAACCUGGGCUUCUCAGGGAAAUUCUACCACACAGGUACAGAUGAGGAGGAUGAAGGGGAUGACAUGCUGCUCAAGCACAGGAAGGAGUUCUGGUGGUUCCCGCACAUGUGGAGUCACAUGCAGCCUCACCUCUUCCACAACGUCACUGUGCUGGCUGAGCAGAUGAAGCUCAACAAACAGUUUGCUGUGGAGCACGGGAUUCCCACAGACUUGGGCUAUGCCGUAGCCCCCCAUCAUUCUGGGGUUUAUCCUGUCCACACGCAACUCUAUGAGGCAUGGAAAUCCGUUUGGAGCAUCCAAGUAACGAGCACAGAGGAAUACCCACACCUGCGGCCUGCCCGGUACCGGCGCGGAUUCAUCCAUAAUGGAAUCAUGGUCCUGCCUCGACAGACCUGUGGUCUUUUUACUCACACUAUCUUCUACAACGAGUAUCCCGGUGGCUCAAAGGAGUUGGACAAGAGCAUUCGUGGCGGUGAACUCUUCCUGACGGUGCUCCUGAACCCAAUCAGCAUCUUCAUGACCCACCUGUCCAACUACGGGAAUGACCGCCUGGGACUCUACACUUUCGAGAGCCUGGUCAAGUUUGUGCAGUGCUGGACCAACCUUCGCCUGCAAACAUUGCCCCCCAUCCAGCUGGCGAAAAAGUACUUUGAGAUCUUUCCCCAGGAGAAGAAUCCCUUGUGGCAGGAUCCGUGCGACGAUAAGAGGCACAAGGAUAUCUGGUCCAAAGAGAAAACGUGCGAUCGGCUCCCCAAGUUCCUCAUCGUGGGACCCCAGAAAACCGGCACAACGGCCGUGCACUUCUUCCUGACCAUGCACCCAGCUGUCACCAGUAACUUCCCAAGUCCGUCCACCUUCGAGGAGAUCCAGUUUUUUAACGGACCCAACUAUCACAAAGGAAUUGAUUGGUACAUGGAAUUCUUCCCCAUCCCCUCCAAUGCCAGCACAGACUUCAUGUUUGAGAAGAGCGCCAACUACUUCGACACGGAGGUGGUACCAAAGCGGGGUGCGGCCCUGCUGCCUCGAGCCAAGAUCAUUACUGUCCUGAUCAACCCUGCCGACCGAGCCUAUUCGUGGUACCAGCUGCUCAUUGUGGACGGCCAGGAGCUGCGGCACAACCCGGCCUCUGUGAUGGACAACAUCCAGAAAUUCCUGGGAGUCACGCCGCUCUUCAACUACACCCAGGCGCUCAGAUUUGAUGAAGCAAAAGGAUUUUGGUGCCAGCUGCUAGACGGAGGAAAGACUAAAUGCCUCGGAAAGAGUAAAGGAAGAAAAUACCCUGACAUGGACUCCUCGUCACGGCUGUUCCUCAGAGACUUCUACAGGGAGCACAACAUUGAGUUAUCCAAGCUGAUGAACAGACUUGCGCAGCCCCUUCCCACCUGGCUCCGGGAGGAACUGCAGAACUCCAGCUGGAGCUGA